GGAUGGUUUUGGUGCACGUCGGCUAUCUUGUUCUUCCAGUGUUUGGCUCUGUGCGAAACAGAGGCGCUCCUUUUCAAAGGUCUCAGCAUCCUCACGCUACCUCCUGCCGGCACUUCCACCUGGGCCCCCAGCCUCAGAUGUCCGCUGACUUCCCCCUGCCUCACGCUGUCCAGCCUCACGUGGCGACCGCUCACCAGCACAGUGGCCCACUCCACCAGCCCCUGCCGCCUCUGCCUGCCCUGCCAUUCCAGGAUGUGACGGGACCCUCUUUCCUACCUCAGGCCCUACACCAGCAAUACCUCCUCCAGCAGCAGCUCCUCGAGGCCCAGCAACGCAGAAUCAUGCCUCAUCCCAGGCGGACUCAGGAGCGUAUGUCUGUCCAACCUCAUCGGUUACAUCCAGGCUUCGAAUUUGGCCAUCAACUCCAGACGCCUCAACCCAUGGGGCCUCAGCCCAGAUACUUAGCGGAAGGAACGGACUGGGACCUCAGUGUCGAUGCCGGUUUGACUCACAAUCAGUUCCAAGUGAGGCCCGUUCCGCAGCAUUAUCAGCAUUACUUAGCUACUCAAAGGAUACACCAUUUCCCCCGAAGCACAUCCUCAACACAAAUGGUCAUCCAUGAUAUCAGAAACUACCCAUAUCCUCAACUUCAGCUUCUCACUCUUCAGGGAUUGAAUCCAAACAGACACACGUCUGCCGUGAGAGAGAGUUAUGAAGAGCUGCUGCAACUGGAAGACAGGCUAGGAAGCGUGAACAGGGGGGCCGUGCAGAACACCAUCGAACGGUUUACUUUCCCGCACAAGUACAAAAAGAGGAGACCGCAGGAGAGCAAAGCAGAGAAGGAGGAGGGGGAAGAGUCGGACACGGAUGAGAAAUGCACAAUCUGUCUCUCGAUGCUGGAAGAUGGCGAGGAUGUGAGGCGGUUGCCGUGUAUGCAUCUUUUCCACCAAGUGUGUGUGGAUCAGUGGCUAGCGACCAGCAAGAAAUGCCCCAUCUGCCGCGUGGACAUUGAAACCCAACUGGGAUCCGACAGCUGAAACCGGCCCGGUGCGGAGG